ACACACACACACACAACAUUCUGUAACACUACAUUAUAGUGCUCUUAGUAAUCUGUCAUUACUUCUUGAAAGUAUUGUCACAUCCUGAUCCAGUGAUCCAUGGUUUUAGGUUAUCAAAGUAUUUAGGAAUAUAAUGAUAUUCGUCAACAACUUUGUAAGAUGGAGUCUUAUAUAUCUGAGUGUAAUCCAAAACACUGAACACUAACAAACAAGGACAUGAUGUCACAUGGAAAACAUAUAGGAGGUGAGAACCUGAUAUGCCGUCCCAAACCACCAUUGCACGUCACCACAGCAUAAUUUCCUCCUCAACUCUCAUUUAAAGUGGCUAGAAGCUGCAGCUCAGAGGUUUGAGUGCUCCUUGAGAUAAUUACCUUCCUGACAACAACAGUGAGACCCUACUCUCCUCUCCUCUUUCCUUUUCAAGCAAACUAGUGAGAUUAGGAAGACAAGAGCUUUAGGUGGAUCCCAAAAAAAUCACACCAUCAUAAAAAAAACAGAAUCCGUGCAUACGCUUUAGGCCUAAUAUCCAGUGAGCCCAACAAGUGGGGGGUUUCUUCUCAUUGUGAUUGUCUUGGAAAGACGCAGCUGUUGGCUGGAAAUAGAGAUUUCACCAUCCGUUUCUAAAGUAAUCCUACAGACAAUGCUUUUUGGUAGAAUAGUGGUCUACAGAGCCGAGUUACUCCACAUUCAGUGGUGUUAAAGCUGUUAUGGCUUUGCUAAGCCUGUGUGGAUGAGACUAUGGGGGGUAUCUUUUAAAAAAGUAAUGUUGACGUGGGCAAAGUUGUCUUAGUUGUCUACAAUAUCAUCUUAAUGUGAACAGUAUGACAAGUAAUGAAAAUAUAAAUAUUCUACAUGUGGAUUAGCUGCAUACAGCACAAAAUAAAAAUCACAUAAAUGAUCACCACAGUGCUACAUAAAUGAUCACCAUAAAUAACUAGCAUAGUGCUACAUAAAUGUCACCAUAAAUAACUAGCAUAGUGCUACAUAAAUGAUCACCAUAAAUAACUAGCAUAGCGCUACAUAAAUGAUCACCAUAAAUAACUAGCAUAGCGCUACAUAAAUGAUCACCAUAAAUAACUAGCAUAGUGCUACAUAAAUGAUCACCAUAAAUAACUAGCACAGUGCUACAUAAAUGAUCACCAUAAAUAACUAGCAUAGUGCUACAUAAAUGAUCACCAUAAAUAACUACCACAGUGCUACAUAAAUGAUCACCAUAAAUAACUAGCAUAGUGCUACAUAAAUGUCACCAUAAAUAACUAGCAUAGUGCUACAUAAAUGAUCACCAUAAAUAACUAGCAUAGCGCUACAUAAAUGAUCACCAUAAAUAACUAGCAUAGUGCUACAUAAAUGAUCACCAUAAAUAACUAGCACAGUGCUACAUAAAUGAUCACCAUAAAUAACUAGCACAGUGCUACAUAAAUGAUCACCAUAAAUAACUAGCAUAGUGCUACAUAAAUGAUCACCAUAAAUAACUAGCACAGUGCUACAUAAAUGAUCACCAUAAAUAACUAGCAUAGUGCUACAUAAAUGACAUCAUCAUAUUUGAUCAUACUACUUUAUUUGACUACAAAUCUGUUUAUCUGUCUGGUGACAUCAAGAGUAGUCGUUCUGUAACCUACUCAUCCUACCCUGUUCCUCCAGGCCCAGUAGAUAUAAACAGGUUUACUCUACUCCAGGCAGCCCAGCAAACAGGCUGCUUUCAUUCUCAUUAAUUAGCAGCUGAGCUAAACCUCUAAGCCAUGAAAUCAGCCUUACAGCAAUCCACCCAAAUCUCCCUUUCUCUUUCUCUCUGGGUUUGUUACAGUGAAAGCCCACAUGUCCUUGGAACUGCACACACAUGCCUAUCACGCCAGUAAGCCAGAAGCCACGCUACAUCUCUUUCCAUGGGGCCCUUGGGGUGUCUCCAAAACACACCCCCAAGGGCCCCACGUGUCAACACAAUGUGAGCUACAGUAUAUCGGCUACGUUUGCUACAUGCACAUACCCUGGACCAGAUCCACGACAUACAAACGUGGGAAUAUUGUAGCACUAGGCCGGCACAUGAGAGCCGUCCAGAAAAGACGAUGUGGGCGCUGACGUUAGCGUGCCAAAAUGACAUCAUCGAUGUGAGAGAAAAAAACAUUGGUGAUCUUGGUCACACUGAGCUUUAACUUCUAAAGCUUAAUGAAGGCUUCAAAACUCUUUAAGCCUACACAUCACUAAUCAUGUUUUAGUAUAUCGUAUAAUGGUGAUAUAAGGAGCCCUUACAUACAGUAUGGUGCUUUGAAGUGUGAAGUGUGAACUUGGUGGUUUUCUUUAUGGAUGGAUUUAAUAACAGCACAGUGAAAGGGAGAAUAUAUUAAACACUGGCCUUCAAUUGAGUUUUGAGAAAACCCUGAACAAAAUGAAGACUGAAUGAAUGAAUCAAUCCCUAACAUAAUGUAUAUCACAGAGUUCAAUGGUUUCCUUUAAUCCAGACACUGCGCUGCAUAAACAUGUGUGUCACCAGAUUUUGUGAAUUUUCCACCUCACGUGCCCAGACAGUGAUCCCCUCUUUGGAAUGACCACGAUGAUAAGACACGGGGAUGGGCCAAUAAGAGAGAGAGUGCAUGAAAGAGGGGGAUAAUGAAAGAGAGAGAUAGCAAGAGAAGGAGAUCAGGGAGGGUAAGAGCUUGCAGUGGAGGUGUUGAGACAAAAGGACAGGUACUAUUCUACUGGUGAGGAGAAAGACUAGUCAGUUGACAGAGACAGACAGGCAGAUAGAAAGCACAGAGCAAGUUAACCUCAGAUGUGUUUUUAGUGUUGGAUUCAAAGACUAUUAUCAUCAUCAAACCACUCUGGAACAAAAAAAACGGUCAAGAGGAAACCAACAUCUAACCAAGAAAAUAUCUACAGUAUUCUCUACAACAGAAGACUGGAAAGAGAGCUGCUAUACUUGUAAAGACAGCACAGAGACUGUUUCAUCGUUAUUAUUCGUCAGCCCAGUAACUGACCAUCAUGACACAUCAGGUCAGCCGCUCUCCGUUCCUCAAGCCCUUCUACACGAGGACCCCGGUUGGUGGGGUCAUUCCGCGAACCCAGAGACGCCACACGCUCCCCGCCAGCGAGUUCAGGAACCUGACCCCACAGGACGCCAUCAGCGUGUUCGAGAUCGAGAGAGAAGCAUUCGUCUCUGUGUCUGGCGAGUGUCCACUCACUCUUGACGAGGUGCUGAACUUCCUAAGUCAGUGUCCGGAGCUCUCCCUGGGCUGGUUUGAAGAGGGCCAGCUGGUGGCGUUCAUCAUCGGCUCAGGCUGGGGCAAAGAGAGACUGGAGCAGGAGGCCAUGACCCAGCAUAUCCCAGAAACCUCAGCAGUGCACAUCCACGUGCUGUCUGUGCACCGCCACGCUCGCCAGCAGGGUAAAGGUUCCAUCCUGCUGUGGCGCUACCUGCAGUACCUGCGAUGUGUGCCAGGCCUCCGGAGGGCCCUGCUGGCCUGUGAGGAGUUCCUGGUUCCCUUCUACCAGAAGGCAGGCUUCAAGGAGAAGGGGCCUUCUGCCAUCACCGUGCCCAACCUCACCUUCCAGGAGAUGGAGUACCAUAUCGGCGGAGCGGCCUACGCACGGCGGAACAGCGGCUGCUAGUCACUGCCGGCCGUCACCACCCCGCUCAUAAUCACAUCAACCCUAGCACUGGAACUCAUCCACCAUGUAAUCAUAGACUCUGGUCAUCACAGUUGACCGUCCAGACCACACUAUAGCAGACAGACAGAUCCAAGCACCAACCUGGUCUCAGAGCAUUUCAUAAUAUUCUGUACGUAAAUUCGAGACACUCCAUUUAGUAUGAUAGGUUACAUUUGGUAUGGUUACAUAAGACAGAUGGUUACUUAAGGAGGGUGGUUGGUCAGGAUGGGUGGGUGUACAACACGAACAUCUAGCAAAGGUUUGCGAGUUCAAAUCUCAUCACUGACAACUUUAACAACUUUUCACUACUUACUACUUUUUAGCUACUUUGCAACUGCUUGUUAUCCAAAACUUCCCCUAAGCCUAACCUUAAACCCUUUUAGCUGACCUUUCACGUAUAGCUAACCUUUCACGUAACUUUAACCUUAACCCUUUUAGCUAAUCUUCCCCUAAACCUAACCCUAACCCUAACCUUAACCCUUUAACCUAACUCAUAAACUUAACCCUAACCCCUAGUCUAGCUAAUGUUAGCGAGCUUGCUAACGUUAGGCACCUAGCUAGAAUUAGCAACAUAUCAUACGUUUUGUAAAAUCCCAAUAUAUUGUAUAUUUAGCAAAUUCUGAACAUAUAAUACGAAUUGUAAUUUGUAACAUAUCAUAUACGAAAUGGGUGAUGGACGUCUACCAAUCAACACAUACCAUACCAAACGUAACAUAUCAUACUAAAUGGAUUGUCCCAGAUUUACAUACAGAAUCAUAUGAAAUGCUCUGAGAUCAGGUUGCAACCACAGGUGCUCCAUGAGAGAAGGCACUGCCCCAUCAAUCUCAGCUGCAGCACCAGCAGGCUCCGAGACACCAUCUUUCAGUGCCUCACAGACAGCAUCCCGACGCCCUGCAACAUAGACAGGGGACAUGCACCAUCACAUGAAGCGGACAAGAAUGGGUUUUCUAAGAAAACAGCAACAGAAAGCAAAACAAAAAAUGUCUGUUAGCGAUAGAAGACAGAAUCAGAAUAUGUUUGAGAUGCAAUGUGGAGUUUCAGCAUACUUUGUGUACAACACGUCUUGAAUUAACAAAGUUCUAAUUUUGCAGUCCCGACAUUCUUCUUUUUUAUUAUGCUUAAUUUUGAGAGUAUUUAAAUGAAAUAUUCCUUGCCACAAAUUGUACUUUGUAGUACUAUUCUUGUUUGAGGUCUUUAUUAUUACUAAUGCUACUAUUGUUAUUGAGAUACUAAUACUUACUAUUGUUAUUGGGAUACUAAUACUACUAUUGUUUUUGGGAUACUAAUACUACUAUUGUUUUUGGGAUACUAAUACUACUAUUAUUAUUGGGAUACUAAUACUGCUAUUGUUAUUGCGAUACUAGUACUACUAUUGUUAUUGAGAUACUACUACUUACUAUUGUUAUUGAGAUACUAAUACUACUAUUGUUAUUGAGAUACUGUUACUGAGAUACUACUAUUACUGAGUUCUCUGAGUGUGAUGUAAAUACCAUUUUAUUUUUGUAAACCCUAUUAGUCCUCUGGUGUGUUGAAAUCUUAGGCUUUUGCUUAUCUUUUUUGUAUUAACACUAUGAUGUACUAAGGCAAUAUAGGGAAACGAUGCCACUGAUUUUAUAGCUCCUCAUAUUCCCUUUAACAUUGACAUACAUCAUGAAAACAGUGGU